AUGUCGUAUGAAAAUUUGCCGACGACGACCUCGUCUUCCACGUCGAGUUCCGGGAUCGCAGUCAAUUUUGAAAAGCUCAGUGGCAUAGCUAACUAUGGAAACUGGAAGUUUUUGAUGCGUAUGUACUUGAUUCAUGAAAAUCUAUGGGAUUGCAUACAGGAAGAGUCUACCGGCGUUCCCAAGGUCAGCGAUGAGCGUCAACAACAGAGAACGCUUGCAAAAAUAUGCCUGAUGGUGCAGCCGUCAUCGUUUUCACAUCACCAACGCAUCAUCUUAGGCCCUGCUGGACGCACGGAGCAGAACCGGUCGUCCACCGGCCGCCGCGCCCGCGCCCGCGCCCCGCGCACCGCGCACCGCGCGCGACAUUCUCCCACCAACCGCGACACACGAAACACGACGGCUCGCGUCCGGCCCGCUCGCGAUUAUGCUUUAUCUAAAGCUAAGCUUACGCAAUUUACUGCUUAUUUAACUACAGCAAAAUCUUGUGCUCAGUUGAGUGACCCACAAUUGGUUGAACUAGACCUACGCAUAAACAAAAUAGAUGCUUUAUAUGAGUCAUAUGACACGUUUCAGAGCGAGUUGGAGCAGCUAGUGGAGGACCCGACCGAGCUGUAUACCGAUCGAGAGCAGUUUGAAGGGACUUAUUACCACGAGCUCGCGACCGCACGAGAACUAUUGGAGCGACAUCGUAGUCAGCGCGCUAAGGAGUACGCUAGCGCCAGGUCUGAGGUAGGUUCCGAUGAGUGCCCAACCGUCAUAUCAUGCAGACAAAGCAACGUACGUUUGCCAAAAAUAAAUCUACCACAUUUUAGCGGCGGCUGUCAAAAUUGGUUGGAAUUUAAAGAUAUUUAUGUCUCAUUAAUUCAUACGGAGAAAAGCAUAGAUGAUAUCAAUAAAUUCCAUUACCUUCGUGCUUCUCUUCACGGAAGUGCGGCCAUAGUGAUCCGUAGCUUAGAUUUUAGGGCAGAAAAUUAUAAUGCAGCAUGGAAAUUGCUAUGCGACAGGUACGACAACAAACAAUUAUUGGUAAAUAAUCAUGUUCAAGCUCUUUUUAACAUAGACCCGAUUCACCGCGAGUCUUGUCAUGGUCUCCGACAAAUAGUCGACACUGCAAAUAAAAAUCUUAGAGCACUGGCUACCCUUGAUCAGCCAGUCGAUCAUUGGGAUACCUUAGUCAUUCAUAUAAUGUCGUCAAAGUUAGACAACAUUACUAGUAGAAAAUGGGAGGAGCAUAGGAACUCAUUGUCAGAACCUCCUUCACUUGACAAUUUUCUGACAUUUUUGAGUAACAGGUGUAAUCUUCUUGAAACAUUAGAAGAAUCCAAAAAUAAUAAGUCGAAGGCUGAGCCGUCAGUCAGUAAACCGAAAAGUUUUGCAGCCUCUUCAAGUCAACAUGACAGCGCAAAAAAUCAUCUUAAACCCUGUCCUUUGUGUAACAAGACCCACUAUAUCUUUAAUUGUGACACCUUCAGAGCCUUGCCGGUUGACCAACGUUGGAAUAAGGCCAAGGAGUAUAAAGUGUGCCUUAAUUGUCUGCGCCCGGGACAUCAUGAGUCGAAAUGCAGUCUUAGUCAUUGUAAAUAUUGUAAGGUCAGACACAAUACGUUGUUGCACACUCAUAAUGACACAAAUAACCCUACAGAACACGUAGCAUUGUCGGCAACCAAUCACGUCAUGGGUAACGUAUCACCACAUGUAUUUCUUUCCACAGCUCAGGUGAAGGUCAGUGACAGCAAGGGUCAGUUGCACACAGUGAGAAUCAUGCUGGAUAAUGGCAGCACAGCAAAUUACAUUUCGCAGAGUUUGACGAGUAGACUAUCAUUGCCAACACGCUCUAUUAUUUCUAAUACGUCUGGUUUAAACGAACAAGAGUCAAAAAGUGUACAGGCUUGCUCUCUUCAUAUGGAGUCUUGCGAUGGAACGUUUAAGACAGACAUUGAUUGUUACAUAUUGCCAAAGGUCACACGACCCAUUCCUGACCAGUUUUUAAACGUGAAUGAAAUACCUAUUCCUUCAGGACUUUGUUUAGCUGACCCCUCUUAUUAUGAACCGUCUUCAAUUAAUCUUCUUGUCGGUGCCCAAAUCUUUUGGGCUAUACUUGGUUCAGGGCGUAUAGAUCUUGGAAAACAAAAUCCACUCCUUGCUGAAACUAAACUUGGCUGGCUUGUUGUAGGAGCUUUGUAUCAGCCAAGCCUUAAUAACCCUCAUAAUCCUGUUUGUUUCUUUCUUAAUGAUCAGCAAACGGGCAUAGAUCUUUCUCCAUUUUGGGAGCUUGACACAAUACCUUCAAAACAUAAUCUCACCAUAGAUGAAAAUACAUGUGAGCAAAUUUUUUCCACUACAACAAAAACGUGAUGAAGAGGGAC